ACUAUAGUUAUCAAAGGACCAGAAGAUGAUGUAGAUAGUGCUAUUACACAAAUUCAGACAAUGGUAGAUGAAGUUCACAAUUCAGUUAUUGAUCUCAAAGUGAAGCCAGAAUUUCACAAAUAUUUGAUUGGAAAAAAACGAGCUAAUGUUAAAAGAAUCCGAGAUUUAACRAAYACGAGAAUAAUAUUCCCACCUGAAACUGAUUCGGUUAAUGAAAAUAUAACUAUUGUUGGUAAAAAAGAAAAUGUAGACAAGGCAAAAUUAGAAUUUGAAGCUAUGAUAACUGAUAUCAGUAAUGUUAUUGAAGACCGUGUAGAAAUAAAUGAAAAAUAUCAUAAAAGUUUUGUGGCUAAACGUGGUGAAUUUUUACAUAAGUUGGAAGAAGAAUGUGGUGGUGUAAAAAUAUCAUUCCCCAAACCUGGAGGCGGAGAUAAAGUUGUACUUAAAGGUAGCAAAGCCAAUGUUGCUAUUGCUAAGCAAAGACUUUUAGAUCAUGCUAAAGUUUUGGAAAAUACAAUUCAAGUUGAAGUUAAUGUUGAUCCUAAGUAUCAUCGUCACUUUGUUGCAAGGCGUGGUGAAAUUAUUAAUAGAAUCAUUGAUGAUUGUAAUGGAGUAUCUAUAACAUUCCCUAAACUAGCAUCUAAUGAUGAUGUUGUUAUAAUCAAGGGCGACAAAACAAAUGCUGAAGAAGCUAAGCGUAAAAUUGAAGCGAUUGUUAAGGAUUUGGAAAAUAUUAUUGAAAUUACUAUGAGUGUUCCUCCCAAACAUCAUCGACAUUUUGUUGCUCGUCGAGCUGAAGUUAUUAAUCAAAUUAGUGCAGAAUAUAAUGGAGUUACUGUAACAUUCCCUCAAGUUAAUUCAAAUUCUAGUGAAGUUUUGAUUAAAGGUCACAAAGAUUUUGUUGAAAAAGUCAAAAAUAAAAUUAAUAAUAUAGUCACUGACUUGGAACAACGUAUUACUGUUGAAGUAAUCAUACCUCAAAGGAUGCAUAGAGUUUUAAUGAGAAACCGAGAUUUAUUGGAAGGUAUGAGACGAGAUUUAGAUGUUUGGAUUAAGUUUCCUGAAAGACCACCUGAAGAUCAGUAUAAUCGUGAGCAAGAGGAUGUUAAUGUUGUAGAAGAUACUGAUGAAAAUCGUGCUCCUAGUGUCAACGACAUAGUUACAAUCUUUGGUAAACCUGAAAAUUGUGAAAGUGCUAAACAAAUAUUAAUUGAUAAUAUACCAAAAACUAUUGACUUAAAUGUACCAUCAGAAUAUCAUAGAUCAUUGAUUGGUUCUAAGGGUGCCACAAUCCGGAAGCUUAGUGAUGAUUAUAACGUUCAGAUUAAAGUUCCAAACCAAGAGCAAAAUGCUGAUAUUAUAAAGAUUACUGGAGUUCAAAAAGAUAUUGAUGAAGUAGUUGCAGCCAUUAAAGAAGAAAUGAGGUUAUAUGAUGCUGAUAAAGAAGAUAGACAACUACGUUCAUAUGAAAUUCAGAUGACUAUUGAACCAGAAUUCCAUCCCAUGAUAAUUGGUAAAAAAGGAGACACUGUUCGUAACUUACGUAACAAAUAUGGUGUUCAAGUUAAUCUGCCUAGAAGAGGUGAAGGAAACAACGAAAACAUAGUGACAGUUGUUGGUUACCAAAAAAGUGCUGAAUCAGCAAGAGAUGAAAUUCAAGAAAUGGUUGAUAAACUUAAAAACGUUUACAAGGAAGAAAUUUACAUUGAUAGCAGAAUUCAUUCAAGAUUGAUUGGUUUUCGUGGACGUAAUAUUUCACAAAUUAUGGAUAAAUAUCAUGUUGAUAUAAGAUUUUCAAAAUCUGAUAGUUCUAAUCCAGAUUUGGUUGUUGUAUAUGCCCGAGAAGAUGCCACCCAGGAUGAUGUUUUGGAUUGUAUGGAUUAUUUAGAAAUGAUUCAACAAGACUAUUUGGAUGAUUUGGUAGAGAAUGAAGCAAGAGCAAGCUUGAAACCAAAAACUGAAAGCCAAUCUGUUCCCAAUGGAAAUCAUAACUCGCAAGGAGGUGCCGGAUUUGUUAUGGGUAAUGGUGCACCAUGGGAAAAAGCUCAUCCAGAUACAAAUAGUACCAGAGAUUUUCCAUCAUUUGCGGGUAUCGCAACGUCUGCUAAUAAUGCUGGGUCUGAUAAGACCAACCUUCCAAAUUGGGGAAGUGGGCGUCGUUAGUUAU